AAGGUUCAGACUUCCCGAUGCGCCUGCUGCCUGUCCUCGUUAAUAUGCACCCUCCUUUUGUAUACCAGCCGAUAUUCAUGGCUCUGUUAAGCCUUUGUUCUCCUGGAAGUUCGGGAAUUUAGCGGGACUUUGAGAAAUUGUGUGGCUCAAUUUGUGAAAUUUAUUGGAACUGAUGGUUUCCCCCGUUACUUCCUUAUCUACAAGUGCCUGGCUCUCUCUCCAGGCAGAUUCACUCCUUGACUCUGUUUUGUUCUUCCCGGGUCCUCUUUGGUUUUGGGAUUAUUCUCGGUGCCCUCAUUCCCUGUCCUUUUGUAGCCGUUUGUGGAUCAGGAGGCCUGGCUGCCACCUGCAUCCCCUGGCUCAGCUGCUGGAUGAGCUGCACUGCCAAGGUGUGGAGCAUGGUGAAAAGAUGAGAGUUGCUGCAGCACAGAAGAGGAGAAGCAGCAUUUGUUUAACCCCUGGUGUGCCGGGGAGCCACGAAAGCGUGUCCCAUUCCCAUUCUUUCCGUGUUUGGACCAAUACAUAAACUGCUCUCCUAUUUCCUUUGUUAUCUUUCUCAGCACUUUUCCCUUGUCAUCUCUUUGCCCACAGCAGUUUGAGCCAUUUAGUUUUCCACAAACUCCUGUUUUUUCUGCUCACAGAUAAUCUGAUCUCAUCCCCUGGUGAAAUGUUGUGUUCCUCUUUCAGUGGAUUGGUCAGCAGGAAGGUCAGGAGCUGGAGCUGUCUGGUUGGUUCUUCUUUUGAGGACAGCUUUUAAUCUAAUGAUGCCAUUGAAAUGAUAAAUGGGUUCUCUGCUUCCUGAUAUGAAUUGGUUUGGGUUCCCAGGGACUGGUCCAUGGUGUUGUAGAAUUUUUUCUGGUGGCCCUUCAUCUUUUCCCCAUUUCUGGGUGCUCCCUGCAGCCGGGGCUGCAUCAAUUGGCCGCAUUUUUCUAAAUACAUCAUCAAAUACUUGAAUUCCAACUAAUUUCCCUGGACUUGUUCUAGCAAAAGCCCCAGUGCUCUGAUACACCCUGUACAGCACAGACAGUGGCAGCAGAUGUUGGAGUGGGCAGGGGGAUGAUCUCCCCCUUAUUUUAGUGAAGUUUUCACAACAUUCUCCAUUUGCUGUUUCCCUUUGCAGCCUCAGCCAUUUCUGUUUCAGAGUCAGAUCCUCACCAUGGGCUCUGCCUUCAGCCGUGCAGAUUCCAUCUGUGCAAGCAGGCAGAGCUUGGGGUGAGGGGCAGAGGGAAUCAGCCAAUUCCUGCCCCAGGCAAGAAGAGCCAGGAUUUUUCAUUCCCUGGGCGUGUCUGGAUGGAGGAGGAGGAAAAGCCCCGGAGAUGCUGCAGGAGGAGGAGCUGCAAACCCAGCCCAGGGAGCUGCGGGGAGGAAAGAGCCCCCCUGAGCCAGGAAGGCGGGCGGAGAUCCAGCCGGAGCUCGGAGCUGGUGGAGAAGCCUCAUGGCAGGGAGAAGCCCCACAAGUGCUUGGAAUGUGGGCAGGGUUUCAGCUGGAGAUCCCAUCUGAUCCAGCACCAGAGGAUCCACACUGGGGAGAGGCCCUACGAGUGUGGGGAGUGUGGGAAGAGGUUUCGGACCAGCUCUGAUCUCCUCAGACAUGAGCGGAGUCACACAGAGGAGAGGCCCUUCCGCUGCCCCGACUGCGGGGAGGGCUUCAAGCAAAGCUCCCACCUCACCGUGCACCGGCGCAUCCACACCGGGGAGAGGCCCUACAAGUGUGGGGAGUGUGGGAAGAGCUUCAGACAGAGGGGUGGCCUGAUCGAGCACCAGGUGAUCCACACCGGGGAAGGGCCUUACAAAUGUUUGGAAUGUGGGAAGAGCUUUGGGUGGAGCUCAGCCCUGAGAAAACACCAGCGCAUCCACACCAGGGAGAAGCCCUACGAGUGUCCCCAGUGUGGGAAGAGGUUUCAGACCAGCUCCAAUCUUCUCCUACAUGAGCGGAUUCACACAGAGGAGAGGCCCUUCCGCUGCCCCGACUGCGGGAAGAGCUUCAACCGCAACUCCCACCUCACCGUGCACCGGCGCAUCCACACCGGGGAGAGGCCCUACAAGUGUGGGGAGUGUGGGAAGAGCUUCUCACAGAGCUCAAACUUGACCAAGCACCAACGGAGGCACCACUAAGGGAAGCCCUGUGAGUGCCCCGAGUGAGGGAAGAGCUUGUAGUGAGGGAAGAGAGUGAGGGAAGAGCUUGGAGUGA